AUGGGCUUGGUGGAAUACCACAAAGCACAACAAGUGGUCAUUUGGCCGUUUCCCUUUCCAUAUGCGCAGCUGAACACCUUCCUGAUUUGGAUCUUCCUCUUUGUUUCUCCUCUGGUUAUUUGCACCUGGGACACCAGUCCCUGGAUUAUCGCCGGCUUCACUUUGUUGACGGGAUGCUCAAUGGUGGGCCUGGAUUGCAUUGCUGCCGAGAUUGAGGCUCCGUUUGGUCCUGAUCAGAAUGACCUCCCGUGUUUUGAAAUGAUGGAUGACUACAACGCAUUGCUGCUGGCUCAGCUGGACCCCCUGUCCUGGCGGGUGCCGCACAUGAACGAGGAUGCGCUGGUGGAUUAUCGCUCACUGACGCAUCCGCAGAACGACAGCCGCACGUGCUGUGUAGAUGACUCCUUCAAGGAGAAGUCAGGGCGACCCCCUCUUGUGCCGAGCACAAAUGAGCUGGACUUGGUGGCGCACCUGAAGACGGAGGAUGCAAAGCCACCCACGGCGCUUCAUCCUGCCGAAGCUCCAAAGGAGCCGGCACCUCCGAAACUCCCGUCGGACGCAGUCGAGGAGCUGCGGGAACUGCGGAGGCAACAGCAGGAGUUCUUCACGCAGCAGUCGCAACAGCAGCGGGAGUAUCAGGAACGACACUGCCAGCUCUUGCAACACCUCAUUCAAGUCAGCAGCCAGCGCAGCAACGGAUCCCUACCCGAAUUACAUCUGCCUUGUACGUUUUGCAAGCAAUCGUCAACAUCAUCAGGCCCCAUCCCUCAUGGUCAUGGCAUCCCUUACGCCAAGGUGGCUCUGGCCAAUGGUGUGCUGCACCGGCAAGGUCCGUUCCGAAGUGAAGGAUGGUUGCAGCAUGCCGAGGAUCCGUGA